AUGGUCUUCAAGACUCACUUGACUUCUUUCUGGUCCUCACAGAACGCCCCUCGCGCGGCUGCUCCGUUUGCAAGGACCCGACCCCAUCCUGCCCCAAACCUCGAGGACUCCCCUAACCUCGGGGAUCGACAGAAGCGACCGUUGACAGCGGCUCGGGCCGGGCAGGAGGGCCGGGCAGGUGGGCGGGACCUUCCAUUCCUCUCCCAGCCCCGGGGCGGCUUCCAAGCACCCGGCGUGGAUCCCCAGGUCCCUUCCAAGCGCCGCAUGGAGCCCUUGGCGGCCGCCGACGCCGUGAUGUCCCCCGACAACCCGGAGCUGGAGCUGCCGGCCGCCCCCCAGCCGCGCGCCGUCCGGAGCAGCCUGCGGGGUUUGCUGGCGCCGGAGCGGCGGCUGGAGGCGGCGAGGCUGGCGGCGAUCGCAGUCCCGGUGUUUUUUGCCCAGUUGAUGAUCUUUCUCAUCAGCAUCGUCAGCUCCAUAUUCUGUGGCCAUCUGGGCAAAGUCCAGCUGGAUGCGGUGUCUCUCGCUAUAUCGGUCAUUAAUGUUACUGGAAUUUCGGUAGGAAGUGGCUUGGCCUCUGCUUGUGACACAUUAAUGUCUCAGUCCUUUGGAGGCAAGAACCUGAAACGUGUGGGAGUCCUGCUCCAAAGAGGAACUCUCAUCCUGCUGCUAUGCUGCUUCCCAUGCUGGGCCCUCUUCAUCAACACUGAGCGUAUCCUUCUGCUCCUGAAACAGGACCCUGAAGUCUCCAGGAUAGCCCAAGUGUAUGUGAUGAUUUUUAUUCCUGCUCUUCCUGCUGCAUUUCUAUUCCAGCUGCAAACUAGAUAUUUACAAAGUCAGGGCAUCAUCAUGCCUCAAGUUAUUACUGGAAUUGCAGCAAAUAUCAUCAAUCUGGGCAUGAACAUCCUGCUGCUCUAUGUUCUGGACCUUGGAGUGUUAGGAUCUGCCUGGGCAAACACUACUUCCCAGUUCUUCUUGUGUGCUCUUCUUUUCCUGUACAUUCGGUGGAAAAGAAUUUACAUCAACACCUGGGGAGGUUGGUCUAAAGACUGUUUCCAGGAAUGGGGCUCCUUCAUCCAGCUAGCAAUUCCCAGUAUGUUCAUGGUGUGCAUUGAGUGGUGGACCUUUGAGAUCGGAACCUUACUUGCAGGGCUGAUUAAUGUGACAGAACUUGGAGCCCAGGCCAUCAUUUAUGAGCUGGCUUCUGCAGCUUACAUGGUGCCUCUUGGCUUUGGUGUGGCAGCCAGUGUCCGAGUAGGCAAUGCCCUGGGUGCAGGAAAUGCUGAGCAGGCCCGUCACUCCUGCGUCACUGUCCUGCUGUGUGCUGGUUUCUGUGGACUUGUAGUGGGGGUUUUGUUUGCAACAUUGAAGGACGUGGUUGGCUAUAUAUUCACCAGUGACAAAGACAUCACUUCCCUUGUGAGCCUUGUGAUGCCGAUUUAUGUUCCCUUUCAUCUAUUUGACGCGCUUGCAGGCACCUGUGGUGGAAUCCUAAGAGGCACGGGAAAACAAAAGAUUGGUGCUGUGUUGAAUGCCAUUGGUUAUUAUGUUUUUGGCUUUCCCAUUGGAGUAUCUCUGAUGUUUGCUGCUAAACUCGGGAUAAUAGGUCUCUGGUCUGGACUGAUAAUUUGUGUCUUCUUUCAAGCCCUUUUCUAUUUGGUCUACAUCUGCAGGAUAAACUGGAUUGAAGCUGCAGAGCAGGCACAGGUUCGAGCUGGGCUAAAAAGGAUGAAAGAGACCCCAUCAGAUCUCCCUAUAUUGGACAAAGAAGUAGCUGAUGGAGUGAUUUUACCUGACAUCAUCAGACCAGAGAGCCACAAUGUCCAACUAGUGAUGACAGAAGUAAACAACGAGUCUGGCUUGUCUACUAUCGGGAAUGUUCUGACAGUGGGCCAGCUUAUCUUCUACCGUGGACUAGCUUGCGCUGCUGCGGGUGGUGUUCUGUUAGCAGGGAUUUUAAUAAGAGUUUUCAAUGACCGUGGCUAACUUAGAAGAUUUAUUACUAGCCCACAAGCUAGAAAUAUCUGAAGCCUGGGAAGUGGUUAGUCAGUGAAACCACUGACAGUGGUUGGCUGUCA